AUGCCACCUCCUGUGGGGAGCCUCCCCAGAUUGAACCCUGGUGGAGCACCUGCCACUUCCUAUUGACAUGCACAUCUGUGGCGCUGUGCCCCCUCCCACCCCAGCCCACUGUGUGCCCAGCACCAGCACACGGCUCGGGCCUGACUUACAGCAAGGACUCUGGAAACCAGGAAGGAUGCCUCAGGCAGAGAGGGAGAAAAGCUAUAAACAUUCAGACCUGAGACGACUGGGCCCUAUAGCAGGUGGAGAGGGAGCAGGGAGGAAGGGCUGUGGGCCCCCCAGGGGCCCGAGGACAGGAAAUUGGCAAAGGUGUGUCUUAAACAUCUAGCCUGGGCGAGCACAAAUAGAGCCGAUUCCUGGGCACUUACUAUGGACCAGGUGCCAGUCCUGGGCCUUGGCACAAUGGUAGCACCAAUGACAGAGGCAAGAAGUCCAGCAGUAACACCAGGAGUAUCUGGAAACCCAGCAGCUGGUGUUCAGGGGACCCCACCAUUCUGUCAUAUCGCGCCCUCCAGGGACCCUGUGGCAGGCAGAUAAAGAGCUUGGCCCCUGCGCCUCCGACAUCCGAAUCCCCACCCAUGUCAGCCUCCCAGGUCAGGCCCCAAGGGCAAACAGAGAGGGCCUCAGCCACGGGCCUGGCAGCCCUGGAGGCAGCCGGGGGCAGACCCGGACCAGUGGACCCUAAGACCACAGGAGACCAGGCUCCUGUGCAGAGGGAAAGGAAGGGCGGGUCCCCAGACCAGUGCACACAGAGCUCCCAGGGAGCACGAGCUGCCAGCGCCUGUCACCUGCAACUCUGUGUCUCAGGGGCCCUCAGGAAGUGCCUGCUCAGCCUCAGUUUAGAGCAGAGGAAACCGUGGGGUGGGAGGGGAGGAGGGAGGUAGUGGAGGGGGAAGCUGGGGUUCCUGUCACGUGAGCCCUCCCCUGGACUCCCUUACCGCCCUGCCUGCCUUGGCAGGAGCCGUCUGAGGAGGGGACUCAUCCAGGGACUUUGUCCCUUGGUCUCCAGAUGGGGAGACUGAGGCUGGGGCUGUGUGUCCCUCUGAGAGUUGGAGCAGGACUGAGUCUGGAUUCGCCCACACCAGGAUUCUCUCUCCUCAUUUCUGAGCCCCGGAGGCGGCCAGGCCACAGACCCCGGCAAGUGGACCCUUGGGCCGCCGCAGACCAGGCCCUGACGCUGGUGCGGAGGGGAAGGAAGGGCCCGCCCCCAGCCCAGCGCUCCCAGAGGCCAGGGCCAAGGCCUUGCGACUCAUCCACCCAGGGCCCCACAUCCCCCGCACCCGCAGCCCCGCGCCCCAGCCUCCACCCGCGCCUGCCGAGAUGCUGCGGCCGCAGUCGGUGCCAUCGGAACGGGGCCCUGGGGGGCCGGAGCCCGAGGAGCUGUGGGAGGCGGAGAUGGAGCGGCUGCGAUGCUCCGGGGCUCCAGUGCGCGGGCUGCCCUAUGCCAUGAUGGACAAGCGCCUCAUCUGGCGGCUGCGUGAGCCCGCGGGAACUCAGACCUUGCGCUGGCAGCGGUGGCAGCGCCGGCAGCAGACGGUGAAAAGGCGCCUGCGGGAGGCGGCACAGCGGCUGGCCCGGGGCCUCGGGCUCUGGGAGGGGGCUCUCUACGAGAUCGGGGGCCUCUUUGGCACCGGAAUCCAGUCCUACUUCACCUUCCUCCGCUUCCUGCUACUGCUCAACCUGCUGAGCCUGCUGCCCACCGUGAGCUUCGUGCUGCUACCCCUGGCCUGGCUCAGCACCCCGGACCCAGGCCCCGCCCUGGACUUGACCCUCCAGUGCCCCGGAAGCAGCCAGUCCCAGACGGGCGUUUUGAAGUUCCACAAUCAAGUUUGGCAUGUUUUAACUGGCAGGGCCCUCACCAAUACCUACCUCUUCUAUGGAGCAUACCGGGUGGGGCCUGAGAGCAGCUCAGCAUACAGCAUCCGCCUGGCCUAUCUCCUCAGCCCACUGGCCUGCCUGCUCCUCUGCUUCUGCGGAACUCUGCAGCGGAUGGUGAAGGGGCUACCGCAGAAGACUCUGCUGGGUCAGGACUACAAGGUGCCUCUCAGCAGCAAGGUCUUCUCCUCCUGGGACUUUUGCAUCCGGGUGCAGGAAGCAGCCACCAUCAAGAAGCAUGAGAUCCGAAAUGAGUUCAAGGUGGAGCUGGAGGAGAGCCGUCACUUCCAGCUGAUGCAGCAACAGACCCGAGCCCAGAGGGUCUGCCACCUGCUCUCCUACCUUCGGGUCAACGUACUCAUCGGGCUCCUUGUGGUUGGGGCCAUCAGCGCCAUCUUCUGGGCUACCAAGUACUCACAGGACAACAAGGAGGAGUCCCUGUUUCUGCUGCUCCAGUACCUGCCCCCUGGGGUCAUCGCCCUGGUCAACUUCCUGGGUCCCCUGCUGUUCACAUUCCUGGUCCAGCUGGAGAACUACCCUCCCAACACCGAGGUCAACCUCACCCUGAUCUGGUGCGUGGUACUGAAGCUGGCCAGCUUGGGGAUGUUCUCCUUCUCUCUGGGUCAGACCAUACUGUGCAUCGGCAGAGACAAGACCAGCUGUGAAUCCUACGGCUACAACGCUUGUGAUUAUCAGUGCUGGGAGAACUCUGUAGGGGAGGAGCUGUACAAGCUGAGUAUCUUCAACUUCCUCCUCACCGCGGCCUUUGCCUUCCUGGUCACCUUGCCUCGGAGGUUGCUGGUGGACCGGUUCUCAGGCCGGUUCUGGGCCUGGCUGGACCGGGAGGAGUUCCUGGUGCCCAAGAAUGUGCUGGACAUCGUGGCGGCGCAGACGGUCACCUGGAUGGGCCUCUUCUACUGUCCCCUGCUGCCCCUGCUGAAUAGCGUCUUCCUCUUCCUCACCUUCUACAUCAAGAAGUACACCCUCCUGAAGAACUCCAGGGCGUCUUCGCGGCCCUUCCGAGCCUCCAGCUCCACUUUCUUCUUCCAGCUGGUGCUCCUCCUGGGCCUGCUCCUGGCCGUGGUGCCCCUGGGCUAUGUGGUCAGCAGCAUCCACUCCUCGUUGGACUGUGGCCUCUUCACUAACUAUUCAACCCCCUGGCAAGUGGUCCCAGAGCUGGUGGCCCUUGGACUCUCGCCCCUUGGCCAGCGUGCCCUCCACUACCUGGGCUCCCACGCCUUCAGCUUCCCGCUCCUCAUCAUGCUCAGCCUUGUCCUGACCGUGUGCAUCUCCCAGACCCAGGCCAAUGCCAGGGCCAUCCACAGGCUCCGGAAGCAGCUGGUGUGGCAGGUUCAGGAGAAGUGGCACCUGGUGGAGGACCUGUCGAGACUGCUACCAGACCCAGGCCCGAGGGACUCUCGGGGCCGGGAGUCCCCUGCUUCCCGAGCUUCGCGCCCACGGUCCUUCUGCCCAGGAUUCCCGUGCCCUGGCUCCCCGGGACCCCGGGACCCGCGGCCGGGCUUCUCCGUCGUGGACGCCCUGGGGCUCCGCUCCCCUUGCCCUGGACCACAUGGUACCCCGGCCUCCACCCACAGAGUCCGCUUUCCCAGCGGCCCGGAGCUGUAAACCCGACCCCGGUCCCCCAGGCCUCCUUACUCCACCUUCCAGGACCCUGGUGACCACCGACCCCUCAUUGGCUCCAGGACCUCCCUCAGGGGUCCCCAAAGAUGGACACACACCCCCAGGGGCAUCAGAAAGAACAUAUGGGAAUAUUCUAUCUGUAUUUUUAUCUCACCCUUUAAAAUGUCUAUUUUUUUAUUGCAUAUUUUAUAAUAUACGUAAUCUAUUAGUAUAGU